GUGGGCGUGUCUCAUUCACCAUCACCAUUCACCAUCCCCAGAAUUCUAGCUUGAUUGCAUGCUUUCUCACUCGGUCGCUCGCUCGCUCGCUGAUGUGUGGGUGAGUGUGUGCAUGCGUGUGUGUGUGUGUGUGUUAUAUACAGAUAGUUCUGUUUGUGUGUGUAUGUGUGUGAAUGGGUGGCCAAGCUCAGGCAAGAAUUGGCACAGUGGUCGACAAGUUGGAAUGUGUGGAUUCUAGCUUCAACUAGUCUGGUAGUUGUCGAUAUGGGUCACCGAGGUGGUUCAGUUGUAGAAUGAAGAUCCCGAGCCAGAGCUGGGUUGUUACGGAAUCCAGGUGAACAAGUUGCAGAUCGAUCUAGAUUUUCGGAGCGAAGGAGGGAUGGACGGGGAACACCCGCCGGGUCAUAAUGCUCUUGGCAUGGCUCGGACGGUGUGUCCGGAGCUGGAGUCUGUUUGUAUUGAGCGCUGGUGGUGUCUCUGAUCAGAUUGCCACAGUGGGGAGAGGGGUUAGUUAACCCGGAUUUGGAAUUGUCUGUGUAGGGGAGUUCACUAUGGUAAGGAUCGUAGCUAGAAGAGCCCGAGAGUAGGGAAUGAAUCCUAGAGGAUCCCUGAUCUGGUUUAAAAUUGGGUUUUUGCUUGCCUCCGCUAUCUUGAAUGCGCCGCUUGCAAGCUGUUAGCGUUGUCGAUUGAUGAGGAGCAUGAACCGGGACGAUCUUUAGCCUCGUGUGGGGGUGAUGCACUUGAGUUGGAUCACGUUUCCUUCUUCGUCCUGCGUUCUGUUGUGGGUUUUCUUCAUGCGUGCUGGCGCGUGCUUGGGUUGUAAUCGGUUUGGAACGACCUUAGACACGGGGCUGUCAUCAAUGUGUCUCUCCACGACUGCUUUCAGUGAUGUCUGUGUUCAGAGCCAAGGGGUUGGUGGUUGCCAAACAGCCUUGUUGAUGCCCAAUUUCUGUUGCGAGUGCGUUGUGAAAGCCUGCGGAGUUAGUGCAGCUUCUGCGGCAUGGAAAUGUCUCCGCUUCGCAUUUGAUCUUGGGUUCGGGUCGAUUAUGCACACGGUCUGCGAAUGGAAUGCCGAUUGAGCGAGAUUCUCAAUCCUGACGAUGAGAGGAUCCACUUCAAACCCGUUUUUAGUAGCCUCGGGUUUGAUAUGAUCAGAGUUUGAUGGUUUUGGUCUUGCUCAUCGAUAGGAACCCUUCAGAGGUGAUUUCCUUAGCGGUAUGGCUCUGACUUGCGGUUUUGUAGCACUGAAAUAUUGGAAUGGCACGUGAGGUUGACCCAUGAACCUCGGGGUGAGGAUUCGAAGAAGCUCUCACAAAGAGGGCGUGAAGACUACGCUUCGAAAAACAUGAAGAGGUAUGCGAGGCUUCGGCAGGAUUGUGCGGAAUGUGACAAUGUGUUGUACAAUGGGAGUCCGGAGGAUUACUCUGUCGACGAUGACAUUGCGCAGUCUCCAUGGAGGCUAUCAGAGAGAUCUGCCUUUCCUCAACGAGACUCCUCGCCCAAUAUGCGGCCCACGCAGCCUGUGGGCUCAUCCGCAACUGGCCCGCCUUUCCCCAGCGAUUUGACCGAAGCUUUGAAAAUGCUGGCCGCGUCUCAGGAUGCCGGGUCUCGCAGAUUUAACGAGCAGUGUGAAGUUGGGACUGCUAAUGACGAUAUCCGGUCACGAUCUUCGAGUGAGAGGUGGCCCAACGAUGCACAGGACGGCAAGUGUGAUUCCCAGGAUCCUGAAGGAAGUGGGCGAUGGGGGUCAGCGGAAACGACGUCCUUGAGUGCGCGGUGGGGCUCAGUGAGCACAAACGAUCAGUGGGACGAGGCUGAACAGGGUCUGGACUCCUUCCGUGAUCCUCUCUCCCCAUCUCCAUCGGGUAGACUGUCGCAGGAGGAGAAGCCGCGGACAGAUUCAACCACUGCACCUUCACAUUCAGCGUCCAUCGAGAGAAAACCUUGACUGCGAAACGCUCCCAGUCAAGAGUGGCUAAACGCCCUCACCGAUCACGCGUCGUCAACAUCUUGUCCGACAGUGCACGCUUUUCCAGACAACGGUAACGACCAUCUGCACCUCACCCCGCCGUCAGUUCAAAGAAAUACCUUCCUGCGAGAGACGCAGGGAUGGCUAAUAUCCGUCAUACGCCCCUUGCAAUCACGAAAACACAACCCAAGGGAGAAUCUGAUGUUGUUGUGGUGGUGGUGGUGGUUGUUGUUGUCGCUUCGGCUCUCCAGUAGAAUGCGCAGACGAAAACGGGGAGACGACGACAUCCACUGACUGGUUCCCAAUCCAUGAGAUACAACCGCCUGAGGUCAUCAGACCUACUGACAAGCUCCGGCGGUGAAACAGGAUUCAACGUCGGUGAUCACCACCACAUUCACUCCGUGAUGAAGAAAGCAGCAUCUAUGCGAGAGCACAGGCUCCAUGAGGGUACUACAACGGCCAUAGCAAGAGCAUGCAGUGAGAAGUAUGGGGUGAGGCAAGCAAUCCUGGAUUGUGUUUCCUGUAGGCGAGCCUCACCACCCAUUGUGCAAGACUAUUCCUGCCGCCAGCACGAUGUCGGUGACUUGACUCGCAGUGCAAGCACCAGAUCCGACUGCACCAACUCCAAGCGCAAAGGGGUGAUGCAUUUCUGCCGCCAGUUUAUACGCAUUGGGAAGAAGCUGGACAAAACGAGUUGAAGGCAUAUGAGGGCGGGGAUCUCACUCACUCACUCGCUCACUCUCAUCGUGAACUUGUGGCGUGGAUCCGUGUGAUGGCUCCUCGCACAACAACCAUGUCGGUAGCACAAAAAUGCAGACUAGAAAAACCACACCUUUGCACAGCUUGCUCGUGUUCUAAAUCGUUCACGCUUGUGUGUUGAAUCUGUGUGUGUAGCUCGGUUGGAUUGAGAUGGGUGCAUCCUCAUGAUUUGAGCAUCAGUUUACUUCGAUGGAUUCUCAGUUUGCAUCGAAUUCUUCGUCACGGAACUGCUCAGUGUCAACAAUUGACUGACUCUGGUUGUGGACUCUGGCCUUUUUGGACAUGUCGGUAGUGGGUGCAUGUCAAGGCCUCCGAUGUGAUGCAUGAAGGUUGCCUUGUGUGAAAAUUGAUUUACAAUUUCCAUUAAGAGAAUGGAGAUUUCAUUGCA